UUCUGACGGAGGACUCCUCCUCGUCCGCCCUCCUACUUUUUCUUUCAUGGGAUUGUGAUUGUUGUUCGCGUUUAGGGGGUGGUUGCUCAAUCCGAGGUUGCUCAACUCUAGGUUUCUCGACCCUGGGUUGCUCGACCUGCAUCUGCUUAAGUUGGGAUGCCACUGUCUCCGCAAUCAUCUCUUGCAUCUCGCUUCUCAUCAUGGUCAGUGUUUGUUCCUCGACCUGUGGUGGUGGCCUCGUUCCUUGCUCCAAUGCCCCAGGUUGUCUCCCCAAACUCAGGGAUAUCUCAGUCGACUCUUGUUCAUUAACUCUCGUGCUCGUACCCUUCAUCUGGCUGGCAAUUAUCACGUAUUUCGAAAAUAAUCGAGACGAGGUUGAGCGCAAAUACCGUUCCUGGGAAACGAUCGAAAACAAACGAAACGAUAGGGUCGAACGGCUCACGGUUGCUGUCCGGAAAAUGAACGGGUUCGAGUCACAACUGCAACGUCCGGCGACGCACGGCAGACACCAGUCGACCAUCCUUGACUCGUGGUUGGCUCGAACAAAGGCUGGCCAUGACGAGUACCUGGGACCUCCCACUCACCGAAAUCUGGUGCUCUCAUCCAAUCGCUAUAUUGUUCCACUCUUACUGAUUUAUUGGCAAUGUCAUCAAUCUUCUUUUUACAACUUCUGUUUAAGUGGCCAAUCAAACCGCAAUAAUUGCACAUGUUCACCAGUUUUUUAUACUAUGUUGAGAAUGGGUUUUAAUGCUAUAUUUGUCAGAUGGAUCAUGGCAUGUAUUCAAUUUCCCUCUUUUUCCUUUAAUCUGAAUGGCAAACCUUGUGGCUUUAUCACCGGCUCUAGAGGAAUAAGGCAGGGGGAUCCUUUAUCCCCCUACCUUUUCAUCAUUAUCUCUGAAUUUUUGUCUGCUAAAAUUCAUAAUGCUGCAGAAUCUGGGAGUUACAAAGGGAUCAGGCUGUCCAGAAAUGGCCCCACAUUAACCCACCUACUUUUUGCAGAUGACACUUUGCUUUUUUGCAAAGCUGAAGAACAACAAGCAGCAAAAAUCCUUCAAAUUCUUCAAGCAUACCACUGCUUCACAAGACAGCAGGUGAAUAUGGUCAAAUCUUCAAUAUUCUUUAGUAGAAAUGCCCCCACUAGCCUCAAAUCCAGAUGCUGCUCCAUUCUCUCGGGCAUUCAAACUCAUACCUCUACAAGAUAUCUGGGUCUUCCAAUGGGAAUUGAAAGAUCCAAAAGAGAAGCUUUUGACUAUAUCCUCUCAGUGGUGAAGAAAAGAGUAUGCAACUGGAAGAACAAAUGGCUCUCUACUGCAG